AUGGACAAAAAUAAUUUAGACGACGACUUGCCACAACCAUCGAAUAGUAAGGUUUAUGCUGGAUAUAAAGUAUCUGACUAUUCAACUGGAAAAGGCAGAUAUCAGGUUGAUGAGCCUGAGAUAGAAUAAAGGAAGCAGCAGAAGCAGGAGUUCUUCAAACAGCUUGAAUCAGAUGCAGACCUAGAUUACAAGAAAAAGCAUAAGCUCGGAAAAGAUCAACAAUAAUUCAAAUCAGAGUAUCAGAGUACAAGACAAGCUCUUAAAGAGUUUUCUCCUUUCCAAUGGAAAAGGCAAUUAGAAUAUGUAAAAGGACUAACGCCAGAGGAGUAUGAAGCAGUUCUAGAUUCUGUCAAUGAAUUUAAGCUCAAUGCUAAAUACUAUAGCUUUGCAUUCACGGGGCUUUCUCUCGGCUUUACUUAUUGGCAAAGAACAUUUUUACCGAGAGGAUUUUACCCAUUCUCAGUAUUUAUGGGUUGCUUUGCUGGUUGCAUGUACGCAACCCUAAAGACUGGCUGGUAUUUUGUCGAGAAAAUUGAUAGACUUGGGAAGGAUUAUGAAAUAUCUAGGGUCAUGAAGCAGGAUAUCUUUGAUACUAGACCAGAUUUAGACUCAGGUAUGAGAGCUUAGUAUUAUCAGCAUCAGCAAAAUGAAAGAGAUAAAUGA